AGAAAUAUCAGUAUUAUUAGUAAACAAGCACAUGCCACAUAUUAAAACCUCCGAUUCUGACACCGACCCUUCAAUCCAUGCUGUGUUUUCUGUUCUUGUUCUUCCAUCAUCAUCAUCAUUGUCUUUAACUCUUGAUCAUUUUCACACAAACAACAAAAACAAACAAACCUCAUAACAGAAGAAUCUCCAUGACGAAGCUCAAGGGAGGAACAAGGCCACCUUGGGUAGGACUUGGAGCUGCAGUUUGGGUUCAAAUAGCCGUAGGAAACGCUUACACAUUCCCUCUCUAUUCACCUUCCUUCAAAUCUGUUCUUGGUUUCAAUCAAAGACAGGUUUCUCUUCUUGGUGUUGCUAAUGAUAUUGGUGAGAAUGUUGGUCUUCUUCCUGGUAUUGUUUGCAACAAGUUCCCUCCUUGGCUUAUGCUUUUCAUUGGUGGUCUUUUCUCUUUCCUUGGUUUUGGUCUUCUAUGGCUUUCUGUCUCACAAACACUUCCUUCACUUCCUUAUCCUCUGCUAUGGUUUGCACUUGUUAUUGCUACCAACAGUUGUGCAUGGUUGACCACUGCUCUUCUUGUGACAAACAUGAGAAAUUUUCCUGUAAGUAGAGGAACAGUUGCAGGUAUACUAAAAGGUUAUGGAGGGAUCAGUGCCGCGGUUUUCACCGAAAUCUUCAGGGCACUUCUUCAUAAUUCUCCUUCAAAUUUUCUCUUGUUCCUUGCCAUUGGAAUUCCUGUUUUGUGCUUUACUGUAAUGUUUCUCGUUCGUCCUUGUACACCAGUUACCGGUGAGAGUUCUUCGGAAAAAUGGUAUUUUCUUUUCAUCCAAGGUUCGAGUGUGGCCUUAGGUGUAUAUUUACUUGUAACUACGACACUCGAUUACAUUCUCCAUAUUGAUUCUACCGUGUCUUAUGUUUUGGUGGCUGUGAUGAUUCUUCUUCUCGCGGCUCCACUUGCUAUUCCUGUAAAGAUGACACUCUUUCCUCAAAAAGUCACUCAAUCAGAAGAGAAUGAGGUAGUUGAAAGCAAAGAAGAAGAAAACACGAAACCCCUUUUACAUGUGUCUUCGUCGGCUAAUGUGCUUGGUAGUUUAAAUGACGCUGAUAGUUCAUCUGAGAUUGGUAUGCUUCUUGCUGAGGGUGAAGGAGCAGUAGUACCUUCGAAAAAGAGAAGGCCGAGAAGAGGGGAAGAUUUUACGUUUUUGGAGGCCUUGGUUAAGGCUGAUUUCUGGCUUUUAUUUUUUGUUUAUUUCGCUGGUGUUGGAACUGGUGUUACUGUUAUUAAUAAUCUGGCUCAAGUAGGUGCGGCUCAAGGUGUUGAAGAUAUCACUAUCUUACUCUCGGUUUUCAGUUUUUUCAAUUUCGUCGGGCGCCUCGGUGGAGGAGUUGUUUCUGAACAUUUUGUCAGGACAAGAACGAUCCCACGGACGGUUUGGAUGACAUGCACACAGAUAAUCAUGAUAAUCUUGUAUCUUCUAUUCGCACAUGCCAUCAAAGGAACACUUUAUCCAGCAGUUGGAUUUCUCGGCAUCUGUUACGGUGUACAAUUUUCAAUACUGAUUCCAACAGUCUCAGAGCUUUUUGGUUUGAAGCACUUUGGCUUAUUCUUCAACUUCAUGUCAUUAGGUAAUCCACUUGGCGCAUUACUUUUCUCAGCGCUUCUAGCCGGACGUAUAUACGACAGUGAGUUGGCAAAGCAACAAGCACUCGGUUUCGUUGUUUCAAGUGCUUCAUGUGUCGGUCCAGAUUGUUUUAGGAUUACGUUUCUGGUCCUUGCUGCUGUGUGCGUUGCUGGUACAGUCUCCAGCAUUAUCUUGAGCAUACGAAUUAAGCCCGUUUACCAAAUGCUUUACGCCGGUGGCUCUUUCAGGCUGCCUCAAGUAACAUGCCAGUGAAAGAUUACUCCUUAGUUCAUAUGAUAAGUUUGUUGCAAAAUAAACUCUCUACAGUCAAUUUUAUGGUGCAGUCUGCUGCAGACCGUUAGGUUAAGAAAGAUAAUCGUUUAUCUCUUAACCUAUCGGUUUGUGACUUGUUGUAGAUGAUUCGAACCCGGUCUAUUGUGGUCGUGUUUCUUGAUGUGCUAUUACUGUAAUGGAUAUAUAUGGCUGAUCAUCAUCGGUGUAGAUAUUAGACAGUAUGUUUGGCUCCGGCACGCGCGGAAUCACUUGUUUCGGGGGAAUGAAGCUGGGGACUUGUUGUAUUUCACUAUGAAAAUGCUUUUUUAUGAUGCAUGUUUAGCAGCAGGGCUGUGGUAUUUAUUACUGAGUAGUGAGAAAGUUAAAUAAUCUGAAUGUAUAGGAAUUCAAUCUAUCAGAUACUUAGAAUGAUCAAAUAUUUCCAUAUGUGAUGUGCUAUAAUUAGUGAGCUUCUUUUGUGUGUAUUUUUGUUUUGACAAAAUCUUGGUAUAUGUGUAUUAGAUAUUGUUAAAUGUGAGCUUCUUAUAUGUGAGAUUUUAUUAAAUUGGAGCAUCUUUGUUCAAUGGUGCAUCCAAUAUAUAGAGAUUCUAGUGUGUUUGGUUAUGUGGUGAUGGAAAUGAAUUUUGAAUAAAUAGGAUAUCUAAAAUUGAUUUA